GCUGCACGCUCUGCAACUGACUAUUAUCAAUAUAGAGAUGUAUCUCCAAUGCCACCCAUGGCAGCUCAACCUUCAGAAGCCUCACAAUCUGCAAUGCAUCAUCACUAUAGCGACGUGUAUACAGUGCCCGCCGUGCACAACUCCAUGGGAGAUCAACCACCUGCUCAAUCUUCAGAAGCAUCACAACCUGCCAGGCACCACCAAUAUAGCGACGUGCAUACAAUUCCACCAGUGCACAACUCGAUGGCAGAUCAACCUUUAGCUCAAUCUUCAGAAGCCUCACAACCUGCCAUGUAUCCCCAAAACAGCGACGUGUACACAAUGCCCCCCGUGCACAACUCGAUGGCAGAUCAACAUUCACCUCAACCUUCAGAACCCUCACAAGCUGCCAUGCAUCUCCAAAACGGCGACGUGUUCACAAUGCCCCCCGUGCACAACUCGAUGGCAGAUCAACAUUCACCUCAACCUUCAGAAGCAUCACAACCUGCCCUGCAUCCCCAAAACAGCGACGUGUAUACAAUUCCACCCGUGCACAACUCGAUGGCAGAUCAACCCUCAGCCCAACAAACAGAAGCCUCACAAGCUGCCAUGUAUCCCCAAAACAGCGACGUGUACACAAUGCCCCCCGUGCAAAACUCGAUUGCAGAUCAAUUUUCAGGACAACAAACAGAAGCCUCACAACCUGCCAUGUAUCCCAAAAACAGCGACGUGUACACAAUGCCCCCCGUGCACAACUCGAUGGCGGAUCAACAUUCACCUCAACUUUCAGAAGCCACAAAACCUGCAAUGCAUCACCAAUAUAGCGACGUGUAUACAAUGCCACCUGUGCGCAACUCCAUGGCGGAUCAACCCUCAGCCCAACAAACAGAAGCCCCACAAGCUGCCAUGCAUCACCAAUACAGAGACGUGUACACAAUGCCCCCCGUGCACAACUCGAUGGCGGAUCAACAUUCACCUCAACUUUCAGAAGCCACAAAACCUGCAAUGCAUCACCAAUAUAGCGACGUGUAUACAAUGCCACCUGUGCGCAACUCCAUGGCAGAUCAACCCUCAGCCCAACAAACAGAAGCCUCACAAGCUGCCAUGUAUCCCCAAAACAGCGACGUGUUCACAAUGCCCCCCGUGCACAACUCCAUGGCAGAUCAACCUUCAGGACAACCUUCAGAAGCCUCCCAAUCUGCCACAUACAACUCCAUGGCACAUCAACCUUUACCUCAACCUUCAGAAGCCACAGGAUCUGCAAUGCAUCAUCAAUAUAGCGACGUGUAUACAAUGCCACCCGUGCACAACUCGAUGGCACAUCAACCACCUGCUCAGUCUUCAGAAGCAUCACAAUCUGCAAUGCAGUACCAAUUUAGAGACGGGUACACAAUGCCACCCGUAAACAACUCGAAGUUAGUUCAACCCUCAGCUACACCUACAGGAGCCCCACAAUCUGCAAUGCAGUAUCAGCAUAGCGAUGUAUCUACAAUGCCAACCAUGCACAACUCAAGGACAGCUCAAGCUUCAGACGCUAUACAGUCAUCCUGGAAUUAUACUCCACGUGGAGAAGGGCACCCCUUGUCACCUGUGCUAAGCUCGAUGGCAGCCAAGAUACUGUUGUCACCGAAUCGUCACCAAUAACAGACUUCAAGGGCAUCGAUUUAUUUGAUUCAUGUCAAAUAAUUUUGUUUACACAUAUUUCUAAAAAAUAAACAACAUCAAACACGUGUUCAUCGUAUUGUUGUUUAUACAUUACUGCCCGAACUUGUUAAAAAACAUGUGACAUUGUAUACAUCUAUGGAUAUGUACAUUUCGUGUGUGAUUAAAUAAAAUAGAAAACAUUCA